UGCCCCGAAGAGGACAAGAAAAUGUGAAGAAAAAGAAAAUGUAAAACAGAUUAAGAUAAGAUUUUAAUCAACCAUUGUUCUCUAUUCAUUAUCUGACUGAAUUUUCGUCCAGAGUUUACCAUGGUUUAUGUUGAAACAUUCCCUCAACAAAGAAACUGAGAAAGUGAAUCUAAAAUCGAUCUUGUUUACUUCUUUUACCUCACUCUCUUUAAUGUUUUUCUCUCCGCUGCUGCUGUUGUGUUGAUAUCUGUUUGUGUUGUUUUUCCUUUGGUUUUUAAUUUACUGGAUGGUUGUUUUUUCCCAAUUAAUUUAACUAGAUUAUUUGAAUUAAAUCAAGUCUCUUUAAUUGAUAUCAUUGGAACUAUUUUUCCUGUUAAUCAUGGAUUUUAUGUCAAAUAUUCUCAAAAAGGCUCCUUUUAAAUCAGAAUCAUCAGAGGACCGAGAAAAACCAGAAGAGGAUACUCAAAGUGAAACUGAAAAAAAACAAGAAUCCAAUAAACCAGGUAUUGGUGCUGGAUUGGUCGAUGGAAUGCAAAGUUUUAUGAAAUCAACAUUUAAAGGGUCGAGUAACCGUGAACCCUCUGAAGCAACAGAAUCUGAAGAGCAGGAUGAUGAAAGUAAAAAAGAAUCAACGACAUCAUCUAUUGGAUCCGGAUUAAUGAAUACCGUACUGAAGACCACAUCUUUUUUCAAAAGCGAUGCAAAUAAUGAUUCUAAGCGCAAAGGAUCAUCAGAUACCCAAAGUGAAACUGAACCGAAAGAAGAUUCUGCUACUGCAUCAUCUCCUGGAGGCGAUGAUGCUUCAGGAGACAAGUCAACUCCAUCGGAGCAAGUUUCCAACAAAGCCAUCGAUUCUGCUAAAAGCAUUGGAAAUUUCCUUUUCAACGUUGCCAAUAAAGCAGGCCAAACUGUAACAGCAACAGCGACAAAACUAAAACAAUCUGUUGAGCACAAUAGUUUACUAGCUGAUUUCACAAAAGAACAGCAGGAAUUCAUUAAAGAACAUGGUGGAAACAUUGAAGUUGGCGAACCUCCCUGGGUUGGCUGUGAACAGGAAGAGGAAGUCAAACAACAGAUUAUUUCUCUUUCCACGGACAAACGUAAUUUUGUCCGAAGUCCUCCUAGUGGUGUUCAAUUUGAUUUCGAUAUGCAACAAAUGCUACCAGUUGCUCUAGCUCUUCUCAAGCAUGAUUCUAAUCUUGAAAAGAUGCGAUUUGAAUUGGUUCCUGCACUAGUCAACGAAGAAACUUUUUGGAGAAACUAUUUUUACAGAGUUUCAUUGAUCAAACAGUCAACUUCACUUUCCAAUUUGAAUAAAGGAGUUAAAGGAUGGGCCUCCAGUUCAAGCUCAUCUGCUGAAGGUCCAGAUGAACCAAGUCCAACCAAUCCAGAACCAGAGUUUAUCAGUGACUCCAUUCAAGGAUCAGUUAGUGAAGAAGAUUUGAAAAGCGGAAUGCGUCAAUUAGGAAUUGGACGAAGCUCUGGAAGUAAAGAUAGAUCAGACUCAACAUCAGCCCAAGAUGACUAUUGAAAUCUUGAUGGCACCAGUUUAACAUUUCUACAAGCGUUGGGAAGAAGAGAUCAACAAAGAUCUGCAAGAAUUUGAAGUUGUGGGAAAAGAUGAUAAUAAUGGAUUGGAUGAAGAUCUAGAAAAGGAUUUGGCCCAGUUAUAAAUAUUUAAAGAAAAAUACUAUAAAAUCAACUAUAAAUAAAAAUACAUACAUACAUCAUGAAAGAUUUCAAACGUGUGAUUUCAUAAACUCUGUUAAGGACCUAUAAUCUGUAAUUGUUGAACACAUUUCUUCAAUCAAAGCAUUCCAAUUGACGUUUAAGCUUGGAUAAAUGAAGAAACAAACAAUUUAACUGUUAAAGAGCUGGCACAUCAACACAAAGAAAUCAUCUUUGCAAUUUGAAAGAAUCAAGUAAAGCAAAUCAUAAAUUGUUUAGAUGUUUUACGCAUGGUUUUACUCUUCAUUUCUUCUUUAAUCUUUCAUCGUUUUGUUUUUUCUGUGAAAUUUAAUUUCCUGAAUGUAAUUGGUAUCCAGUUGGAAUCGAAACCAACCCGGAAUAGCUCCAACUUUAAAGUCUUCAAUGGUAAUAAUGCAAUUAUCACGAAUCAGAGCAGUUAUUACCUAAGCCAUCAAUUAUCCCUCAAUUUUCAAUAUCAGUUCUGAUUCCUUUACAAACGCAAAUCAUUAUCAGUAUGAUUGAUAAUUACAUAUAAUUCAGUAAUCUGGUUAAAUAUUGACAGAUAUAUAUUGAAGAUUUAAAUAUUAAUUAGUUUACCAGCCCUGAUCAGUGUUUCUUAUUUUUUUGUUACAGAAUUAAAUUUUCUUUUUUACUGUUUUAAUUUCAUUUUUGUUCAAUCUUAUUCACCUUUCCUAUCAAAAUCAGUUGUAAUAGUAGAGUGAAAUAUUUAUUAUUACUAAUUAAUCUGUUUUGUCAAUGGCAAAAUAAGUGUUAAUUAAAUAGACAAUUAUAUCGAAAAUUAAAACAAAGACUCAACAAGUUAUGGGCAAUGAAUUAAAGAUGCAGACACAAAAAAUGGACACAACAAAUGACUUCAACAAAAGACCAAGCCAAGUUAACAAAACUAAAGUUUCAAAUAAGACAACGAUAAAUCGUAUUACUAUUGGUGGAAUGGUUCCAAGAACUGGUGAAAUGGACAUAAUUUAAUUUUUGGAAAAUCAUUGAUUCUAUUCACCUUCAUUUAACUAUGCUUUAAUAUUACUUUGUUUUAAACAAAUCAACAACCCAAAUUAUAAAGCAGAUGUUGCAAAUCAAACUAAAAGGAACCAACCAAAUCCUAAUCAAAUACCCAUAACAAAAGAAACUAAAAUACAAAUUAACACUAAAAUAAAAUCUCCUGUUAUUAUUUCCCAUUAUUUUUGAUUUGUAUCAUAACUAAUGAUAAUUUUUGAUCCAUAUCCAUAAAAUAUUGUUGAAAA